AUGUCCAAUGUACUCGAGGUGACAUCAGAGCUGUACGCGGAGGCAGAAUUCUGCAGCACAGAUACGGGUAAUGGUAAUGCUAUUUCUAAAUUUACCUUUGUGUAUCCAAAUCGUCACGACACUGACGCAAACGGUACGCAAACGGGCCAGCCUAAUGGCAUGGACAAACGGAAUGGUCAGCCAGACCAAGCCGAUACCAAAAAGACACCAAGCAUUCAAGACUCUGAAGAGGAAAGCUGUCUUGAAGAAGAAUCAUACGAAUCGGAUUAUGACGAGAGCGUGUGCGACGAGGAGGAGGACUUCGAAUCGGAAAGCGAUUGUUGCGAUGCAUCGGAGCAGAAACAAACAAACCCACCAUCAGUCAAGCUGGAUAAAGACGGCGAUUCGGAUGUUGAACGACCACGAAAAGGAGCGAUCGAAAUAGAGCAUCGCAAAUCAACCCGACUAGAUUUGGUUGGGUUGCAGAUAUGGCGUGGCGCAUUAUUGCUAGCCGAUUACAUUAUGCACAACGAGCGGAAGUUCAAGAAUGCCCAUAUCCUUGAACUUGGCUCAGGAGUCGGGCUUACGAGCAUAGUUGCCAGCAUGUAUGCACGAGAGGUUAUUUGCACGGAUAUCGAUAUCGAAGGACUGCUAGAUCUGAUAGGUGGGAAUGUGCAAAGAAAUGCCCAUCUUUCGAACCCACACUGCCGAGUGCACGUGAAUGAGCUAGACUUCAAAGUCAGUUACCAGGACUAUCCACGUGAGCUUAAAGAUAAGCUCCAACACGUGCAGUAUGUGGUUGCGGCCGACGUGAUCUACGACGAUGAUAUUACCGAAGCGUUUGUACGGACCAUUGUUAGCCUGCUGCUGGAACUGCCGAAGCUGAAAGCGAUUUACAUCGCGCUCGAGAAGCGUUACGUGUUUACACUUGAGGAUAUGGAUUCGGUUGCACCGUGUUACGACUAUUUUCUGCGAUACUUUGAAAAACGUAACAGCCGAUUUGGCGUUAACCGCUGGAAGCUGAUCAAUGUGUGUAUGAACUUUCCGCGCUAUUUCGAUUACGAUAAGGUGAAGGAUUUGGUGUUGUUGAAGAUAUGCCACGCCAGCAAAUGA